AUGGAGCAUAAUCCCAAUGUAGGAGAUAGUGUCUGGGCCCCUGAAGUCCAGAAGGUAGUGGUGCUAGAGCCGAGUAAGCAGAUAUUUGAAGCAGAUUUUGUAAGAGAUGUCCUGGACAACCUGGAUGAGACCUGGUUCAGAGUUCAGAGAUCGGGGUCAGCCAGUGAUGAUCUUUUGCAGUUUGUGGAGAUGGACACCUUUGGCAGUAAGUUACAGCAGAAGGCUCUGCAGCAACCUAAGCAGAAGAAAUCCAAGUCGGCUGAAUUUCUGAUGGGUGAGUCCUCUAAUGUGGCGGGCAUUGAAAACCCAGCCUUUGAUGGAGAAGGAAGCACUGAGCGUUCCAUUCCUCCGGUUUGGCUUGGGAGAGAAAUUCGAGGUGACAGGCCAGAUAGCACCCUUGCAGCUCACCAAAAAAAAAUGGAGCCGCAAGCCCCUGCCAAAGAAAGAGGAAAUGAACGUGUGCAAAAUUACUUUGACCCGCCAUCGACAAGGCAGACAGACUCCGGGCAUCGCAGGAUGGCUGGGGUCAGCACUGAAGAUGAGCUGGAAUUAAAAACUUUCAGUGCUGAUGAAAACAAACUGUAUGAAAGAAUAACUGCACUGCUGGAUGACGACGACACCUUCAUUGACAUACCUGGUACGCUGCUAGCCUCCAGGGAUGAGGAGGUGUUGGAGGUGAAGGCGGGUGAUCUGGUGCUUCAGCGGCGACUGCUGCUCCACAGUGGUGGGGAUGCCUCGGGCUCCAGGCCCUCCCAGGCCCAUACUAUUGCCAAAACCCAGGCUGAGGGUGGUGCUGGGCUGGGAGGAGAGACUGGACUCGAAGCGGGGAGGAUGGUAAUGGGCAGAGAGAGCACUGUAAAAAUGAGGACAGCAGAGGAGGUGAUCCCCCACUACGCCCAGCAGCUGAGGGAGCGUGUGCGGCCUGACAUGAUCACGCUUGGCAGCCUUUCACUGCAGCAGCAAGUGGCUCAGGAUGGACCCCUGAAGAGAAGUGAAUGGGCAAAGAGAAAGAAAAGACUAAUGGCCUUCCUCACUGGCAGUUUUAAGACAUUGCAUUGUGGGUACUAUGGCUCCGGGGCACAGAAAUCUGUCCAUGUCAUUGGGCUUGGAGUGUGUGUUUGCGCACGUAGCAGCAGAAACAUUGAAAGCCCGUCACUCAGAGCGCUGGGGGAAGGCCAAGAAGAAGCGAUGGCCAAAUACAGCCAGAUGACAGAGCUCCCAGAAUCCUUUUCUCCAGCAUCAGGGCCCCUGUGGCAGGCGGACCAGAGGACCACUCUCCAGCCUGUGGAGGUGUGUGUGCGUUGCCUAAGAGCCACAAGGGACAGACUUCUGAGGGGUCUCUAUACUGUCAGAGUGGCACUUCACAGCCAUCUUGGGGGUCCAGCUCUGGCGUGGCGCAGUAAGAAAGGGCAGCUCACUUGGUCAGUGUCUACUGAGCCAACUGAGCAUCGGGGCCGCUUCUACGACACUGACCUCCACGUUAACCAGAGCCUGUUCAUGGUCUUACCUGCCACCUGUGAUAUCAUCCCUUCUAUGGUCCUGGUGUUCCACCUGAUCAAAGUACCAGCAGACAGAAGUCACAUCAGCUCUGUAUUGGCCUGGGCAGCAUUUCCUGUUUGUGGGCCAAGUCUCAGUUUGGUUCAGGGCAGGUUCAAAACUCCACUCAUCAGGCGGGAGCCCAGCACACAGCUGGACCAGUUUAAAAAGAUUGAAGCCCUCAUCUCCUCUGAUCUCGACCACUGGCUGUGCAACCUGUAUUUUCAGGUAAAGAGGCUCCCACCUGGAAUGUCUAGGGGACCAGAACGCUGCAUCACUCUAUCAAGCUCCCCUUCUAAAUCACCCAUCAUUCCCCAAUCUGAGGUCCACCAGAACCAGCUGUCACUCCAGCCCCAGCCCCCAUCGCAGCCCCAGCUCUGUCCUCAGCUCAUUCAUCCGCAAUCCCAACAGCAGCCCUGCGCAGACCCCAGCUGCAGAGCAGGAGAUCCCACUGUGGUACAUUCUCACCGGGGGUCCCCUCUCAACCUGUCAGCUGAUUCUGCUUGUUCUUCCUCAUCUCUGCCAGGGAAGAAUUUCUCAUCAGGAGCCAUUUCUGGAAGUACUGGCGAGAAGAGUGAUCCAUGCAGGGAGAAAGCAGAGGGUGGGAAUCCCUACAAGAAGAAGCCAAUCAAGAAGACAAAUAGCUGUGGCCCCAGCAUGAGCGGCAGAAGUGCACCGCCUCGGCAGGCAGACAAACAGAAGAUGCAGCCUUCAAUGGAGAACCUCUCCGCGGAGGAGAUGGAGGAGUAUACAUUCUCCCUACAAUCACAGCUGACUGGACCUGGCUCCCGUCCUCCAUGUCUGUCUGACCGAGUCCGUCUGGCUCUCUGCAUGCUGCCAUCUGAGCUGGGCCUGCCGUUUCUGCGGCAACAACAACAACUGCAUAGUAGCUGGCAUGGCUCCGUUCAGCAGCUCGGCCUCAUUAUACUGCUGCUGGCUUUGAUGUGGUUUCUGAGGCUCUACCUGCAUUACUGCAGCCAGUGGCUCUACCUCCAGGCCAUAGCAGUUCCUGUCAACAAAUUCCACUUCCACGCACACACGGUGGACCUCGUGUACCAGAGUUCUUUACUCCACACCCGGGAGGAGCUGGCAAUGGUGGUGGUGGGUCCCCUGACCUUGAACGCAAUAACGUUCCUGCUGGUUCUGAUCAGAUGGGGCUGUCAACAGAUAUUUGGCUCACUCCCUUCCUUCACGUCAAAGUUUAUCAUGGCUCAGGGAGUGUGGACAGUCCUCGACCCCCUGGCAGUCUUUGCAGUGGACGCCGUCCUCGGGCAUCUCUCCUACAGCCCUGACACGCCAGUGGGUGAUGCUGCCAAGCUUUACUGGCACUUCUAUCAGACUGACAAAUCAGGUGCAGCAGGGGUGAUCAUCACCCUCUUCCUCUAUGCAGUCCUUUUUCUGCUUUCCAUCACCAUCCUCUCCAUGUACCUGCUCAGAAUCCACAAUGAUGGCCGCAUGCUGGAUAUCUUUCAGCGACUCACAGCCAAAGAGGGGGUGUACUUCCUGCCUCAAGACUGUGAGCUGUCCAAUCAGGAACUGAGCUACAUUGUCAAGAAAGCAGAGCAGUGGAGAGGGCUCAAUGGAGAGAGGCGCAAGGUGGCUGUGUAUGACUAUAUCUGGACAGCGGAGGACCUCGUGCCAGAUUCUGCAGGUCCUCGUGAUGAGUCUCACAGGGAUGGUGCACCUUUGCCAGAGGGUGAGACCAGCACCCACGUGGCAGUCUACACACUGCACCUCAGUGGGCUUAAACAAAUAUAUAGGCACUUCCUUCGACAGCCAGAUGGGGCCAUCGUAGAGGUGAAUGGUGACACAGACGGCGCCGACAAUACAACCAAGACGGUGCCCCGCCCGGGUCAGAGCUCUGACAAACAGAGGGAGGACAAAGGAAGCGCUUCUGUCCAGCUACGGAAACGAAAGAAACGAUUUGGGCGGUCCCAUCGCAUUGAGCCAACAGGAGGAAACAGGUGUGGCUCCAGUUUGGCACUACAAGACCUCAAUCAAUGA